UCCUGCAGCGGAGGGAAGCUGAGCUGCGAGCUUCUUUUCCCACCUCCAAGUUGUUUAGUCGCGGAAGAAAAUUUAAACAAACGAGGACGAAAGAAACAUUGCUCUCGUGGAAAACCUCCGUGCAUGCUUCAGCCGCUCAUGUACUGGUGUGUUUGGAUUUUUCCUCGCGGAGCUGUUGAGUAAAACUGUGGGAUGAGUUUGGACAGACUGGCAGAGGCAGUGAGAGCGCCGCCGCCCCGGGACGUGGCCCCCGCGUUUCACUUACAGAGAGCUCCGAACAGCAGCAGAGAAACUUUAGAGAACUCAAGCAGCGAGUCUUCAGAGGCAGAGCUGGCAGAGAAGGAGAGGAGCGCGGAGCUCAGGAGCGAUGACGGAAGCGCCGACGAUCCCAAGAAGAAGAAGCAGCGACGGCAGAGGACUCACUUCACCAGCCAGCAGCUGCAGGAGCUGGAAGCCACCUUCCAGAGGAACCGCUACCCGGACAUGAGCACCAGGGAGGAGAUCGCCGUGUGGACCAACCUGACCGAGGCCAGAGUUCGGGUGUGGUUCAAAAACCGCCGGGCCAAGUGGAGGAAGCGGGAGCGGAACCAGCAGAUGGACCUGUGUAAAAACAGCUACCUGCCGCAGUUCAGCGGCCUCAUGCAGCCCUACGAUGACAUGUACCCGGCCUACACCUACAACAACUGGACCAACAAGGGCUUGGCCCCGGCGCCGCUCUCCACCAAGAACUUCACCUUCUUCAACUCCAUGAGCCCCCUCACCUCCCAGUCCAUGUUCUCCGCCCCCAACUCCAUCUCCUCCAUGAGCAUGGCGUCCGGGAUGGGCCACUCGGCAGUGCCGGGCAUGGCGGCGCCGAGCCUCAACAACAUCAGCAACCUGAACGGCAUCGGCACAUCGGGCAUUAACUCGGCCAUGUCGUCCUCCGCAUGUCCCUACGGCCCCCCCGGCUCCCCGUACAGCGUGUACCGGGACACGUGCAACUCCAGCCUGGCCACCCUAAGACUCAAGUCCAAACAGCACCCGACGUUCGGGUACAGCAGCCUGCAGAGCCCCGGGUCCAGCCUGAACGCCUGUCAGUACAACAGCUGACCAGCCUGAACCUGGACCCGGACCCAAAUCAGAACCGCGGAGGGAGAAUCACAGAUUAUACACCUGGAAAGACAACUAAAC